AUGUCCAGAGCUAUUGUCAAGGGUCUUCCGAAGUAUCUGGAAGAAGGGAACUUAAAGAAGCACUUCGUCAAGCGCUUGGCUAAAAUUCACCCUAAUGAGGAUGUAUCCGAGCUCAUUACAGACAUUAAGAUCAUGAAAAACCGGGCCGGUGAGUCACGGAGAUUUGCUUUCAUCGGGUACCGUCAUGAGGCCGAUGCCUUGGACGCUGUACAAUACUUCGACGGUUCUUUCAUCGACACUUCUAAGAUCGAGAUCACAAUGGCUAAGAGUUUUGCAGAUCCUGGGGUACCACAGCCAAUGCGAGAGAAAAGACGAGAGGCUUUGAAAAGAGUCCGGGAGCGAGAAGAACAGCUCAUUGAGGAACAAAACAGCAAGAAACAGUUCAAGCAGCAGGCUCGUUCUGCAGCGACUGCAAACAUUGAUGCGGAGAUUCAAAGAAACAAGCAAUUGCAAGAGUUCAUGGAUACGAUGAAGCCCAGCUCUCAGGUCACAUCUUGGGAUAAUUUGGGCGGCGCAGCGGCCUCCAAUGAAGGGCAGCAGAGCCAGCAACAGACAAGCCCUGAUGCACCACCAGGAAACUCCCUGCUGGCUCAAGCGUUGGCGUUGAAGUCUGGGGAUGCAGAUGAUACGGAAAACACAGGUUUUUUGGACAACCGAGAACCAUAUUCUAUAGCGAAAAACGAGAGUGACGAUGAAUACGUUGACCUAGGCAACACCGGAGCAGACCAAGACGACGACGCGGAAAAGCAUGAGCAGAUGAUGAGCUUAUCCGACGUCAAAGAAGGAACCGAUUCCACCUUUGCUCAAGACGGGGGAGUUUCAGAUCUGGACUGGCUCAAGCAGCGCCGUAUCAGAAUUAAAGAGCGUCCAGAAAAUGAAAAUUCGGAUCUUCGAAGCAAACCCGAGCAUCAAAAUGAUGAUGUUACAAUUUCAGAGGCUUCGGAAGCUACAGAGGCUCCACAGAUCCUGGAAACACCACAAGAGGAACCAGAAGCCGACACAACGGAAGAAGAGAAAAUCAUCGGAAAAAUCAAGACGACAGGUCGUUUGUUUCUGCGAAACAUUCUUUACACGGCCAAAGAAUCAGAGUUCAGAGAACUUUUUUCCCCAUUUGGCGAAUUGGAGGAAGUGCAUGUUGCGUUGGAUACAAGGACCGGUAAGUCCAAAGGGUUUGCGUACGUGAUGUUUAAAAACCCAGACGACGCCGUCACAGCUUAUGUUGAACUCGAUAAGAAUAUUUACCAGGGACGUCUUUUGCAUAUUCUCCCUGCAGAUGAAAAGAAGUCUCACAGAUUAGACGAAUUCGAUCUCAAAAAUCUCCCGCUGAAGAAACAAAGAGCCCUCAAACGCAAGGCAAAUGCUUCCCAAGAUUCUUUUUCGUGGAAUUCACUUUAUAUGAGUCAAGACGCUGUUUUAAGCAGUGUGGCCACUAAGCUGGGAGUUCAAAAAUCUGAACUUUUGGACGCGACAGAUACCGGUGCCGCUGUCAAACAAGCGCUUGCGGAAGCUCAUGUCAUUGGUGAUGUUAGAAAAUACUUCGAAUCCAAGGGUAUGGAUCUUGCUAAUUUCGCACAAUUAAAGUCGCCAGUGGACCGCGAUGAUAGAGUACUCUUAGUCAAGAAUUUCCCAUUUGGAACUACCAAGGCUGAAUUGGCCGAUCUAUUCUUGCCUUUUGGCAAGCUCGAAAGACUUUUGUUGCCUCCGGCGCAAACAAUUGCUGUCGUGCAGUACAGAGACGUCACAGCUGCUAGAACUGCGUUUGGCAAGUUAUCUUUCAAGCGGUUCAAGGAUGGAAUUUUGUACCUGGAAAAGGGUCCCAAGAAUUGCUUCAACAGAAAACCACUUGAAGAUGAGAUAGUAGACGGUGGUGAUAAAGACGAAACCGCUAAUGCUAAGCAAGCGAAAACUACGGCUGAAGAUAUUUUGAAUGUUGGAUCAGAGGCAGCAGUGGCGGAAGAUGCAGCCGAUAAUAUACUGGAUGGUCCUACAGUGUCUAUUUUUGUCAAGAAUCUCAACUUCUCCACCACUAGUGCUCAAUUGACGGACAAGUUCAAUCCGUUCAGUGGAUUCGUUGUCGCUCAAGUCAAGACUAAACCUGAUAGCAGAAACAGCGGGAAAACUCUAUCGAUGGGGUUCGGCUUCGUCGAGUUUAAAUCGAAGGAACAAGCAAUAGCAGUCAUCAACGCUUUGGAUGGAUCCGUACUGGAUGGCCACAGAAUUCAGUUGAAGCUAUCGCAUCGCCAGGGUACUGCCGCCUCCGGAUCAACAAAGUCCACCAAGAAGGCAAGUGGAAAGAUUAUUGUCAAGAAUUUGCCGUUCGAAGCUGAGCGUAAACAAAUCUUCGAGCUGUUUAGCUCUUUCGGCCAACUUAAGUCAGUACGAGUUCCCAAGAAGUUCGACAAAUCUGCCAGAGGGUUUGCGUUUGUUGAGUUUUUAUUGCCCAAGGAGGCUGAAAAUGCAAUGGAGCAGUUGCAAGGUGUACAUUUGUUGGGACGUCGUCUAGUUAUGCAGCAUGCUGAAGAAGAACCACAGGAUGCUGAAGAGCAGAUUGCAAGAAUGACUAGAAAGGUAAAGUCGCAAGUUAUGACACAGGAACACGCUGCGCUGAGAAAUGGUGGUCGUAGGAAACUAGAUCUAGGCGAAGAGGAAGAAGAUGCCAACGAUGGAUUGAACGGAGCGUAG